GAGUACGUUGCAGCCGAGGAGAGGCUGGAACCACGGGACAAGAAGCCGUAUAAGCGCGGGAUUACGAAACUCCCCAAGCUAAAAACUUGGGCCUUCCGCGAUGUUGUUCUCGUGCCCGCUGGAAAGAGCAUGUUCAAGUAUGGUGACCCGAGGAGGCUCCCGACACGUGAGUACUCGAACAUACUUGGAGGCCUAAUUAGGAAGCAUUUCCCUGGGAUUGUCAAUCUCCCUAGUGGUGGCCGCGAUGUGGCUUGGACUUGGAAGCACUACAGCUACGCGGAAGAUCCUAGCGGCAAGUGCGCCAACAUGCAAGAGCGGGUUGUCCGCCACUUCUGGAAAUACUUCACGAGGGCUGAGGGCAAGGAAAUUGCGUGCGACGUUAUCUUACACGAGUUGUGCAGGGUGAGGGUGACUGGCAUGCACUACGAGGCACGUGUCCAGUGCGUUCGCGACUGGCACGCCGAGCGCAAAGUUUGGAUGAGUAAGGCUGAUUGUCGGGAUACGCUCAUGGCACCGUGGCAGUACCUGCAGAACCCUCCUCAGUACGUCGGGGAAGACAAGGCGUGCUUUCUUGCGAUGGUCAUAUGGUGGACAUCCGCCGAGUACGCCCGGAAGCACGAGGAGGGCAAGCAGAAGCGUUUAGAGAUGGGAGGUGGAUCACAUGUCCUGGGCAGCAAGAACUUGGCCCUUACCUUGCAGCAAGAGGAAGUGAAGACAGGCGUGACACCAAACUUGUUUGGCCUCUUCCAAAAGUCCAAGACCAGGAGGGAGCCGCAUCCUGAAACGGGGUCCGUGUGGGUCAACGGGCUAGCGGAGGCCCAGUGUGGCGCGUACCGCUCGAAGUUCAAGGACAAGCACGGCGAAGACGCCGACCCAACCACCGAAGACUUUGACGUUGAGGUUGCGGUGCUUGCGGGACAAGGCAAGAAGGGUGGCCGCCUAUGGAUUGCUGACGGGUUAGUCGACCCAACGACCAUUCCAUCUCUACGCCAGAUCCGUCGUGGGCGUACGAGCGAGCAGCCUCGGGUAGAGACCCGCCCACGGGCUUCGGACCUAGCUGUGGAGAAGUUACGGGCGGAGAUGGAAGAAAGGGAACGGAGGCACCAAGAGGAGCAGAUGCAGAUGCAGCAGCAGCUUAGGGAGAACAUGCAGAUGCAGCAGCAGAUGUUGCAGCAGAUGCAACAACAGCAGCAGAUGUUCCAGCAGAUGUUCAUGAACCAGACCGUGCUGACUUCACCACCGGGGAGUAGUGGUCCUAGCACGUCGUGUCCUCCUAUGUUCCCACAUUUUAUCCCCACGCCCGAUCCGGCUGUGAUGGCGCUCCUCCAGCAAGGGCCAAGUCAGAGCCCGCUGACACCUGGCUUGACCGUCAACAAUACGGGCAUCAUCCGGAGCCUGCAGCAGUUUCUAGAUCUUAGGCUACAGCUAAUGCUGCGGGACAUGCAUGUCCAGGUGGCGUGGCCGGCCGACUGGCCGCAGCGUGAGUGCUCUAGACUAUCGCUUCAAAUGCAUGCUCUGUAUUUCAGCCUAAGAUCAGAAGGCUAA